AUGAAUGACUUUAAUAUUAAAGAAAUCACUUUCAAUAAAGAUCCAACCAUGGAGUCAAAGCACAAAGCUUGGCUCUCAGAACCACCCGCCGGAGUCAUUUUAGGAAUGACUAUCGAGGAGCUUCUAGCUCCAAGUAAGCGGAAGAAGUCAAGACUGACGCCUCCACGCCCCCAACAGUCAUACAUUCUUUUCAGAAAAAAUUAUGGAGCGCUGCACAGCUCGAUGGAUUUUAAAACAAUUAGUUCUAUUUCAAAAAAUGAGUGGAAGAGCGCAGCUCCUGUUGUCAGGGAGUUUUUUAAUAUGUUGUCGGAAAUAGCAAAAAGGCGUCAUCAUAUUAAAUAUCCAACAUAUAAAUACAAACCCCAAAAAGGAAGAAGACAAAAAAUUCCCGUCGAGGCUGUUGUAAAGUCUAAUCCAAAUAAAGCGGCCGAGUUUAACCCGGGACUGUCAACUUCCAUUACAGUUGAUAAUAUAUACGAUAGUCUCUCUACAUUCGCCGUAAAUAAUCAACCGGUGGAAAAUUUUCGUAAUGACACUAUUACAAUGACGACAUCUACGGAGGUCGAUACUUUUACCUCUCCAGAAGAUGACGAUGGGUUGUCGUUUUUCAACUUUGAUUUAUACAUGACGGACGGGUAA